CAAAUCAGUCAAAUCCUAGGAAUACAAGCUGUUACAAGAUUUCUUAAAAAAAUAGCUAACUGCCAUGUGUGCAGUACAAGUCUCAGAUUGGAGCAUUUUUCAUGGAUAUUCUCUUCGGAAAAAAUGCCGCAAGGGCUGAAGUCCGUUGCUGAUAAUUUUGAGCAGCACAUCAUGGCUGAAGUUGCUUUGGUUAAAGAGGUGGAAGACGAUGCACACAAAAUGAUUUUCAUGCGAAAAAUAAUGAGUCUUCACAGGAAAUUCAAAACUUAUGUGAAUGACUGUUUGCUAGAGCACGAUCUCUUCCACGAGGCUAUCCGUCGCGUAUUUUCAGGCAUCUGUAACGUGGAUAUAGCUGGAAGUUCUCCAGCUGAACUCCUUGCCCUGUUUUGUAACGAUGUUCUGAAGCGUAAAAAGGAAAACGUGCUUGGAGAAGAUAUUGAAACCACACUUGAACAUGUGUGUUUCUUGAACAAUAUUUGUGUUUAUUAUAAGCAUUGCCACAUUGAUGUAUUUAUAAUCUUUCAGGUAAUAGAAGUGCUGGUCCUUAUCGAGGAUAAGAGAUUAUUUGCUGAAUCAUAUGUGAGAUCUCUUGCACUGCGCUUAUUAUAUGAUGCAAGUAUUGGUGUGGAGAUUGAGAGAAGUAUGAUGAAAAGAUUGAAGGGUCUACUUGACUACCGACUUAUUACGAAAAUGGAGACAAUGUUCAAAGAUUUACAAAUAUCGAGUGAGACUGACGCGGAAUAUAAGGAACAUGUCACCAAUAAUCCCGAGGAAGAUCCAGGGAUUGACUUUUCGAUGACUCUCCUCAGUAUGGGUCGAUGGCCUAGUUUCAAGCUGUUUGAUCUAAAUCUUCCGGAGGAAAUGGAAAGGUGCAUCGAGAAAUAUAGCACGUUCUUCAGAAGAGAAGAAAAACCCAAAAGGCUUAGGUGCGUUUAUUCUAUGGGCACGUGCGAUAUCGAUGCACAUUUUGAAGAAACAACACUGAAGCUAAAGAUGACGACUGCUCAGGCUGCCGUCCUCGUUCAGUUCAAUGCUUCUGAAAGAUUGAGCUGUCAACAAAUUAUGGAUCAACUGAAACUAUCACAUCAAGUUGUUGCGAAGCUGCUUCGAUCUCUUUCAUCCACAAAUUGUCAAAUUCUGCUCAAGGAGUCAGGCACCGAAGAGGUUUCUCUGACUGACGUUUUUUUAUACAAUUCCAAGUUCACUAGCAAACUGGAAUUGGUCAGGGUCCCUCUCCCAUGUGAGAAACAUAUAAUUUCUGUGGACAUAUUGAGUACAACCAGGUGUGCUAUCAUUCGUGUCAUGAAGUCUAGGAAAGUCUUUGGCUACGAGCAGUUAGUAACAGAGUGCAUUAACCAGCUGCAACAUUUAUUCGAGCCCAGGAUUGCUAACAUCAAGAUAUGCAUUGAAGCACUUAUCAGUGAAGGAUUUUUGGAAAGAGGCAAGUUCGACCGCAAGUUAUUGAAAUACUCGCCGUGAAUGAAUACUCGUUUUUCUUGUUCAGAGUUUAAAUAGAAGAGGUGUUGAACAUGUAAAUAGAGGCAGAGUUAAAAAGUAGAGUUGUUGAACAUGUAAAUAUCUGUAUCUCGAGUAAAUAGAUGUCUCAACUCGAUUCGAUGUUCGGGAAUAAAACAUGGUAGAUGCAUAGCGGAUCUAUAUGUUUGUGAAUAUAUUCUUUGGGAAAUUUGUUCCACAAGAUUCGUUCAUAUAUUACAAAGCUUUUGCUUUCA